AUGAGUGUAAUUGGGGCAGAUGCCAAGAAACAUCUUAGUGGACAUCUGGACUUGAAGGUAUCUAAUGUGCAACUUGUUACCAGUAUACAUGCUGGAAGUCAUAAGGUCUGCUCAAUGUUUUUUUAUGCCUCCUCUGCAUCAGAAGCAUCUACUCAGUUUCUGAAGACAAAUAUCAAGUCCAGAAGAAGGAAGCAGAGUCUAAAAUCAAUCCGUGGAAGGGUCGUCUUCAGCCUUGGUCAGUUCAUCACCUCUAGACUGGCAAAUAGAAGGAAGUUGCUGUUCAAAUCCAGCUUUAAACGUUGGCUGUCAGAUAGGAUACAGGGCAACCACUUACCACCUCCAGUAAACAGAAUGGAGAAAAGCCUCUCCCUGCCAGGACUGAAAGCAGCUGAUGGUCAUGUUUCUGGCUUCCAAGUUCCUGUACCAGAGAAGGAGAAGUUUUACACAGAAAGAAAUUUAGGUUCACAGUUCUGUUUCUUUCUUACAUGGUUCGAGACACUGAGUCUCUAUGGGACCUUUAUCAGUACAGGAGAUGGGUUGAUCAUCAGUGGAGAUUUCCUAAGCAAGUAUUCCAGUAUCUCAACCUGGCAGACUACCAUCACAGCACCAAAUGGAAGCAUCUGUACUAAUACUUUAUAUUAUUACAUCCUGUCCCAAUCCAUGUUUUGUCUUUCUCUCAUCUUUGCCCUGAUUGGAAUUGCAGGAAAUGCCAUAGUGUUGUGGCUUCUGGCCUUCCACAUGCGCAGGAAUGCUUUCUCUGUCUACAUCCUCAACCUGGCUGUGGCUGACUUUCUCUUCCUGGGCUUUCAGUUUGCACUGUGCCUUCAAUAUAUCCUUUACAUCUUCUACUCCAUUUUCAUCUAUAUCCCUUUGUUUUCUAUUGUUGUGUCAAGAUUUGCUUAUCUUUCUGGCCUAUCUCUUCUUAGUGCCAUUAGCGUUGAGCGCUGCCUGUCUGUUUUGUGGCCCAUCUGGUAUCGCUGCCAACGCCCAAGGCACACAUCGGCUGUCACAUGUGCUUUGCUUUGGGCUCUGUCCCUGCUCUUAAGUCUCCUGCAUGCGGACUCAUGUGGAUUCCUGUUUAAUAGGUUUGCAUAUUUUUGGUGUCAGAUAUUAGAUUACCUCACAGCAUUGUGGUUAUUUGUUUUAUUUGUGGUUCUUUGUGCGUCCAGCCUCACCCUGCUGGUGAGGAUCUUCUGUGGCUCACAGCGGCUUCCUGUGACCAGGCUGUUUGUGAUUAUUAUACUCACUGUGCUUUUCUUCCUAAUCUUUGGUCUCCCCUUGGCGAUCUAUUGGAUUCUUUACCUAUGGUUUUCAUAUUUGUAUAAUUUUAAAAGUUGUUACUUUCAUGUGACAAUAUUUCUAUCCUGUGUUAACAGCUGUGCCAACCCCAUCAUUUACUUCUUUGUUGGUUCCAUCAGGCAUGGUAGGUUUCAGCGGAAGACUCUGAAGUUGCUUCUUCAGAGAGCCCUGCAGGACACUCCUGAGGAGAAAAAGGGUGGAGAGAGGGGCUCUUCAGGAGAGUCAGAAGAACUGUGA